AUGUCUAUUUUUGACCCUUUGGGUCUGUUCUCCAACGUUCUUAUCGGCCUCAGAAUACUGUUGCAGGAAAUCUGGUGGUCCGCUAUAAAUUGGGAUGACGAAAUUCCGGACAGCCUACACGAAAAAUGGGAUCAAUGGUUGCACAUUCUACCGCAAUUACAAGACAUUUCAAUUCAACGUUGCUACCGUUCCCUGACGUCAAUAAAUUCGGACAUGCUGAUACAGUUACACACCUUUGUGGAUGCGAGUGAGUUGGGGUAUGCGGCCGUAGUGUAUUUACGGUUUAAACAGGGUAACACUGUGGAAUGCAUGAUCGUCGGGGCCAAAUCGCUAGUUGCGCUAUUUAAAUUCGUAUCCAUCCCGAUGUUGGAGCUUCAAAGCGCCAUCAUUGGUACCAGACUUGCUAACUCAAUUUGUGAAGCUUUGUCCUUCAAAAUCACAGACAGGUUUUUCUGGACAGAUGCUCGAAACGUUCUGUGUUGGUUGCGUUCCGACCAUCGCCAAUAUUCUCCAUACGUAGGUUGGCGAGUCAGUGAAAUACUGGAUUCAACUGCUAUCAAGGACUGGAAGUGGAUAAGCUCGAAGGACAAUGUGACGGACGAGGCGACUAAAUGGAGGCGGUCGGUCGAUCUUGAUAGCCAAACCGCUGUUCCAAGCAGCAACAUAUUCGGAAUGGAACCGGCUGCUAAAAACAGCAGCAGCGAUAUUCGGCUGAAAGGUACAGAACGCAAUACGGGGCCGUUUACCAAAGAUGAGCUUCUAAACUCAUCAAACCUACUCUAUCGUGAAGCUCAAAGUGCGUUAUUCUCCGAAGAGAUACUCAUACUAUCGAAAUCCGAAAUGUCUAAAAAGGCGAUUCCAAAGUCUAGUUCUAUAUUCACUUUGAAUCCAUUUUUAGAUGGAAAGCGAGUAUUAGGAAUGCAUGGCCGGAUUAGUGCUUGUGAAUAUGCCACCAGGGAUGCCCAAAAUCCGAUAAUACUUCCGAGGGACCAUCACAUAACAAAAUUACUAGUGCGAGAUUACCAUUUGCGGUAUCACCAUCGUAACCAUGAGACCGUUCUGAACGAGAUAAGGCAAGUGUAUAGGAUUCCAAAGCUGCGUCCAUUGUUACGGGAAGUUAGAUCAGAAUGUCAAACGUGCAAAAAUCAGCUUGCUUUCCCUAAACCUCCUCCAAUGGCCGAUCUUUCAACUGCUAGAUUAGCAGCUUAUACAAGGCCUUUUUCGUAUGUUGGAAUUGACUAUUUUGGACCCAUGUGUGUGGCAGUAGGACGACGAAGUGCGAAACGUUGGGGCGUUCUGAUAACGUGCCUAACGAUAAGGGCGAUACAUUUAGAAGUUGCGCACUCGCUAACCGCUGAUUCUUGCAUCAUGGCAUUGCGAUCCUUCAUGUCCAGGCGAGGAGUUCCAAUUCUAAUAUAUAGUGAUCGUGGGACCAACUUCAUUGCAGCGAGUAAGGAACUGAGAGAGGCAUUGCGCGAAAUGGAUCAGCAAAAAGUCAUUCGAGAGAUAACCAGUCAACAUACCGAGUGGACAUUCCUUCCUCCUGCUUCUCCGCACAUGAGUUUGUGCUUGGGAGCGCCUCGUUCAGACAGUGAAGGUGAACCUGCAAAGGAUGCUACCAACGAGACGCCCCACCGGUGA